GUAGUAACAAAGUGUGCCACUUCUAGAAUAUACGCGCGGCAGACGGAUAGUGAAGAGAGAUGGGGGAAGAGACAGUAGAAGGGACACGGUUACAUUACGGGGAUUUUAUUGUCAUUGGUGGAUAUUUUGCAUUUGUUUUGUUUAUAGGAUUAUGGACCUCUCGGCAGAACCGUGGCAGUGCAGGUGGUUAUUUUCUGGCAGGCAGGAGCAUGCACUGGAUACCGGUUGGAGCCUCCCUGUUUGCCAGUAAUAUAGGAAGUAUUCACUUUGUUGGAUUGGCAGGAUCAGGAGCAGCUUCAGGAAUUGCCAUUGGUCUAUAUGAACUCAAUGCACUGUACAUUCUCAUGUUGCUGGGAUACAUUUUUCUUCCUGUGUACAUAGCAUCAGGUGUUUACACCAUGCCUGAGUAUUUGAAGUGUCGAUUUGGAGGACAAAGAAUUCAGAUAUAUAUAGCUGUUCUGGCCCUCAUUGUGUACAUCUUUACAAAAAUAUCGGCUGAUUUGUAUGCUGGGGCAAUAUUUAUAGAACAGUCCAUGCAUUUGAAUGUGUGGUGGUCCAUUCUGCUCAUUUUGAGUAUUGCCACAAUAUUCACAAUCACUGGUGGCCUAACUGCAGUUAUCUGGACCGACUUCAUACAGACCAUUAUCAUGCUGAUUGGAGCGCUAGUGCUGAUGGGAUUGAGCUUUGCUGAAGUUGGUGGAUUGAACGGAAUAGUGGAAAAGUAUCCUCAUGCCAUUGCAAACACAACAAAGUACUCCAACACGACUUGUGGAUUGCCUCGAAAGGAUUACAUGCAUUUAUUUCGUGAUGCUUCCACUGGAGAUCUACCAUGGCCAGGAAUCAUCGGGAUGUCCAUCAACUCUAUCUGGUACUGGUGUUCUGACCAGGUGAUAGUUCAGAGAGCACUUGCUGGCAAGACUUUUGAUCAUGCUAAAGCAGGAACAAUUUUGUGUGCCUUCAUCAAAAUCCUCCCCCUCUUCCUGUUGGUAUUCCCAGGAAUGAUAUCGAGAAUAUUGUUUCCAGACACUGUUGGCUGUGCUGAUCCAGAAGUCUGUAUGUCUGUCUGUGGAAGUGAGACCGGCUGUAGUAACAUUGCUUAUCCCACUCUGGUCAUAAAUCUUAUGCCAACAGGUGCCCGAGGAAUGAUGCUGGCCGUGAUGAUGGCAGCCCUGAUGUCAUCUCUCACCUCCAUCUUUAACAGUAGCAGUACAAUCUUUGCUAUGGACAUCUGGACCAGGAUCAGGAAGCAGGCCUCAGAGUUGGAGAUCAUGAUUGUGGGAAGACUGUUUGUCUUGGUUUUGGUGGUAGUCAGUAUUGUCUGGAUUCCUGUAAUCCAGGCCUCUCAAGGGAGUGAACUCUUUGUCUACAUCCAGGAAGUAUCCAGCUUCAUGCAGCCUCCCAUCUGCUGCAUUUUCUUGUUAGGCUUGUUCUGGGAAAGAUUAAACGAAGCAGGUGCUUUCUUUGGACUGGUGAUUGGGAUGGUGAUCGGAAUUAUCCGGUUCAUUGUGGAGUAUUCAUACAAUGUGCCUAACUGUGUGGAGAACCUGCCAGAUCCCCGGCCAUCCAUCGUCAAGGACUUCCACUAUCUCUACUUCUCCUCCUUCCUGUUUGUAGUCACAGGGAUGGUGGCCAUUGGAAUCAGCCUUCUGACCAAACCCAUCGACAAAAGAUGUCUGCAGAGGUUGACCUGGUGGACUCGAAACAGCGAGGAGCCUCGACUGGACAUUGAUGAAUGGAUUGCUGGACAGUCCAAAAAUGGGGAUGAUGAGGAGAGCUCGUCUGAAGCAGCCAGUACGGAAAAAGAGAAAGGCAUGGAAAUGGAGAACCUGGCUCAAAGAAAUGGAAAUGCCACAGAGGCAAGAUUAUCAGAGAAAACUGCCAACAAGGAAGCUGACAGUAACCAAAGAGACAGCCUAAUGAAACCUGCUCAUCUGGAUACAGAUCCGGAGGUUCAGAUAGAGGAAGAUGCAGUGAGAGUGUCCUUGCCUCGGCGAGCGAUUUACUGGUGUUGUGGAAUAGAGGAGGGUAAUAAGACGGAGCUGUCUAGCCACACCGUACAAAGAAAUCAAAUGCUGUCCAUUGAGGAACACCCAGUCUGGUCUAAAGCCUCCAACGCUUUUGCCAUCUUUGCCAUGGUUGCAGCUGUUUUUCUCUUUGUUUUCUUUGCUUGAGGUUUGCUCUUGUUUAGAAAUUCUGCCAGGUGUCAUAUGUGAGAAAGCAACCAUAAUCAACCAGUCUUUGAGUGCACGCAGAUUUAGAAUGACCACUUUCACAGCCAUUGAUCAUGUCUUGUCAUUUUAACAACAACAAAAAUCUUAGAAUGAUGACUAUCAGUCUGAAUGAUAAAUUUUUGAUUUACAUGUACAUAUAUAGGGUGAAAUCAAAUGGGCAUGAGGACAGUGUGGUCAUUUUGUUAUUUCCGAGGCUAUACUGUUUCAAUGUUUCUUGUGUUGAAGAGUUGCCAAAGUGGUUAUUGCCCAAAGUAAACAUUUGUACACAAUUUUAUCACACCAAAAAAUGAAACUAGUAUAUAGUUUUCCAAAUUAUAUUUAUCUUUUUUUACCAUAUAAAAUAACUGAUAAUUAGAUAUUUUAUAGCAUGGAGUGUACAGGUUUUGUCCUAUAUAUAUAUGUACUUGGCCAGUACAGUUAUUUUUUCAUGACCUGUCAGGUAAUUGCAAAUCUUUUUAUUCAUGGGUUUAUUUUAAAAAAAAAAUUCUAUUAGAAUGGAGCUGUACAUUGGUCCAUUGAGAUAUUGCCUAUAUUCGCAUCUGAUAAACAAUCCCUUAUAUAAAUGUUUCUGAAUUGUUACUUUUUGGAGUGAUCCGAAUUUUAAAAUUGCUAUGGUGUGGUUAAGAUGUGUUGACAACCAGAAUAAAGCAGGGCCAAUGGUUUAACAAUACCACACAUUUGGUUAUCCAUAACCAAUGAAAUGGUUCCUCCUGUUAGGGGCUGAUAGUCGCACUACAUCACAGGCACCUGGAUUUCUGUCGAUAAGUCGCUCAGUAAAGUAAAAAAAAUCCUAUCCCCUCUGUAUAAGUAUGUAUUUAUAUAUAGAGGGGGUGGGAUUUUUCAAUCUUUGGCUUUAUUGAGAGACUUGUUAACAGAAAUUCAGGAGCCUGUGAAUACAUGCAUGCAUCUAUUGUUCCGCUGGUCGAAAGUAGGGAUGUAGAUUCUUCAGAGCCACUCCUUUUUUUGGUUUAAUAUUAUAUACAGUUUAUAUUCAGUGCAUGUACAUGUAUGUCAUAAAAUGUGCAAAUGAUCAAUUGUUGAUCUGGUUUUUUAUGUAUGAAUGUAUGUGGCUGAUGUUUGUAAAAUAUGCAAGUAAUUGCUGAAAGAAAAACAUUCAUUAUGAAUGGUACUUGCAUAUGAUUUCAUAGUAUAUACAUUACCCACCAUGAAUAAGUAUACACAUAUAAUAUGAUAUUAAAGCUUUUUACAUAUUUUGGUAUGAAAUAUAUUCAAUAUAAUAAAAGAAGCUUAAUUCACUGUGUAUAACUUUCAAUUUAUCUCAGCAAAAUAAUCAUUUAAGAGGAUAAUUUUAUUAUAUGUGAAACAAUAAUAAUGGACAUUCAGUAUUUUUGUCAUAGUCUGUUAAAUUGUGCUAUUGAUUUAUUUAAGGUGAAAACUCGAAGGGUCUUAUAUCAAAUACAUAAUAACAUAUAUAAGUUUGAAAUGGUUUUGAAGUUAGGUUUGCAUAUCUCUUCCUAGAGAAAUAAAAAAUUCAGAAAAUCAAGUAUUUUAAUAAAAGACAAUGAUAUACGGGUAAAAAGUUAAAAGCCUUAAUGUCUUCUUUUUAAGUGCAAGUGUUCUGUAUUUUGCAUGAAAAGAUCUGUAUCUAUGAUGUAACUCAUUUUUUUAAAUGUGCAAAUAACUUAUUUUGGUGAGUGUAUACUUAAUUUAUGGUGGGCAGUGUAAAGAAUUUGUUGUACCCUGAUGAAAAAGAAAUAUGCAGUUAUGAACAGAGGAAAAUGACAUAAUAUUUAUCUGCAUCCAAAAUGGCUUUUUAGUGUUCAAUCAUGUAUAUCAUAGAAGUAGAUACAUAUGUACUUGGAUUAGAACUGUGAAUAAUUUUAUAUUUAUAUGUUACAAAUUUUUUAUUCAUUCUCGACUUGAAUGGUCCAACUAUAAUGACCCGGUUCAGUUAUUAUGAAAUGUGAUGUAUCAAAGUGUUUAUAUUUUAUUAUACACAGUUUACUAAGGUCAACUUUUGGGUCUGUGUGUUUAGUCAAUAUGUGCUGUAUUUCAAGAGUUCAUGUAGGAAACUUGGAAAUGAUGUCUACUUAUGAAUUUAUGUUAACUUAUGUCACUGAACACAGUGUCGGGGACAUUGUUUUUACUCCCAUUUCAUAUUUUUCCUCUUCUUUAGUUAGUCUGCAUGAUUUUAUGAAAGUACUAGAGCUUAAUUAAACAGAUCCAAUUCAAACUUUGUGGGCUGAUAGGGGGUCAUGAUGAGGGGUGCAAUCAAUGUUGCAAAUUUUCAUAAUGGCUGCCAAAAAACGUCAAAAAAAUCAAAGUUGGUGGACUGAAACCAAAUUCUACUUCUAGGGUUAUUUCUUGAUUAGUCCAUUUCCAACAUCAAAUUCUUUUUGUACCAAAUACAAAUAUAUUUCAAAGUGUUGAAAUCUCUAUGACAUUUGGGUUCAGGGGUCAAUUGAGGGUCCACAGUUCAUUUCUAGCAUCAAUAUCUCCAUUCAAUUUUCAAAAUUGUUGCCAAAAAAAUGAAGUUUGUCAGAUUUCAUGGUGAAUUGAGAACACCUAGUUCAUUUCUGACAUUAAAAUUCCAACAUGGGGGAGCGUGUUCAGGGACAUUUGUGUUGGCAUCCCAACACAGUUACAAAGCUUGUUAUGUUAGCUUUAAUAUAUUUCUAUAUGUAAAGUGUUUGUAGGGAGAAAGCAUACUUUAUAGAUUUGUGCCUUAUCCCAAAUGUUCAUAUAAAGUUUGUUCAAAUCAACUGAAUGAUGAAAAAACAUCAAUUAUAUUUUAAAAUGAUUGCAGAAAACAAGAGUAUUCUGUAGAAAAAAGAAAUUUGAGUGUAGAUUUAUUGCUGUGGUGUAUGGUUUCUUUCAAUAGCUGUAGGAUGUACUUAGAUAAUAACAUACUAGUAGUUCUUUUAUUUUGAAGAGUAAAGGUGAAAUGAUCGCACACCUAGAUGAAAGUGACCUCCACUUUUAGCAAGGUUCUUUUGUCUUCUGUACUGUUUAUUUCAUGUACAACCAACACAAAUCAGAAAGUUAAUGCAUGACCUACAUUCCACAUUAAUGUCCGUUCAGAUUUAAAGUUGCUUUAAUAAUUUUGCUCAAACAAGAGAUCAUACUUUUUUAAAAAUACUUUUCAGAUUGUAAAUCUGUUUAAUACUUCCUGUAGAUAUUUAUGUGUUCACGAGUGAUAUUGAAUUUAGAAUUCUAUACAGAACACAUGACAAGGUUUUGCUUGUUUUAUAUUCAGCGAAAUAAAAUCACACGAAGUACA